AUGCCUGGAAGAACGAAGACUCGCGACGAUGCGCCCGAGGAGGUAGAUACCUCCAUGGACGAUGCUCCUACCUCGGCGCAACAGCCUGUAGAAGAGGAAAACGGAGAUGCCAUGCAGGAGGACGGAUCGGGAGGCGAUGAGGAACCUGCCGAGGAAGAAGAAGAAGAGGAGGAGGAACCUCAGCGAGUUAGAAUCCUACCUGGAUCAUCUGAAACGGCAGCUUCUUUUGAAUUCCUGAAGGAGGGUCACACACUUGGCAAUGCUCUGCGAUAUAUAAUCAUGAAGAACCCCGACGUCGAAUUCUGCGCGUACGCCAUUCCCCAUCCUUCCGAAGACAAGAUGAACCUGAGAAUCCAAACAUAUGAUACGACAACUGCCGCUGCUGCGUUGGCAAAGGGCCUCCAGGACAUAGAGGACCUCUGUGAUGUCGUUGCCGACGAAUUCUGGACCGAGCGAGAAAAGUUCGAAGCAACCCCGGAGCAGGCUCGCAAGAGGCAAGAAGAAGCAGAGAGGAGAAGACAGGCAGCACAGACUAGUUAA